AUGUCUUUAGUUAGGGUCAUAGCUCUGGAGAAAGACCUUAGGAAGCUGCUGGUCAGGCUACUGGUUCUUUUCGAGCCAGGGAAAUCACGGCCGCUGUCACCUUUGGACCCUUUGAGCGGGCUUGUACAGCAAACGGAGCUACUACGCUCAGCUGUAAAAGAGAUAAUAUGCAAGCAUGGUGAGAUAGAACAGUUGCUGUCUGUAGAAUCAGGCGGAACUGCAGAAGAGAAGUUUCAAGCAUGGCUUAAUGAACCAAAGUUACUGGGGUGUUACAGCACUCUUAUGAGCGGGUUGUUAAAGCUGCUGUUUUGUUCGAAUGUCACGAUGUAUCGGUUUUCGAUUAACACCGACUUCACCAACACAGUAAUUCGUGCUUACAAACUGCUACGCGAACUGUCUUUGAUUAGCAGCGUGUCAAACGCGCAAUUACUUUCCAUUAUUCACUCCUUCGAGUGCCAUUUCAAAACACACUGGAAUACGAUAAAUUGUACCUCCUACCAUUUCGAAAACGUGAGAGAUCUAUUGUCUCAUGGUCAUGACAUUGUCUGUCCUCCUCUUUUAAAUCUCUCUGAAGUCAUAAAAAGAGAUUAUUUCCGAUUAACAAUUGCAAAGUUCAAGUAUUCGAACAUCCUGGUUGAGCUUUUUCAACUCUCCAACGGAGAGCUAGCUGUUUUCAAAGUAAACUGCGGAAAGUUGCCACACACCAUUGAUUCCGUGAAAUCAUUGCUUGAUGAGCUUUCGCUAUCUUACAAAGGAAGAGAAAGCGAACUUGGGAGAAGUCUCUUAUUUCCAACGUUGAGAAAGGACGACCUUGAUAUUUUCGCCGAGAAUCAAGGUAAUAUCGAGUUAAAAACUAAAACGGGAAAUGGAGUUGUCCUCAAAUUGAGUCCUGUCGACCCUACCCAAUGGGACACUCACUGGAAACUAUUUUUCUACAGUUUGUUUUCCACUUCCUCUACGUAUGUUGAUUCUACUGGCUUGAGUUAUACCCAUAUGGCAAAGUCAGCCCAUCCUUAUCAAAACUUCAAAUUGAAACACGACAAGCUUGACUCUUUAAGACCAGAAGGCAAUAAGGGUUUAGCGAUGGAGUUACCUCGUAAGCCUCAGUCUUCCAUAUCAAGGACUAUGUCGCCAAGAAACAAUGGAGAGACUUUAUUGCACAAAUCAAAGCCAUUGAAAUCGUCAGUGAUUUCUGAUACAUUUGACAAAUCUCCCAGCUUUUCUGAAAUUGAAAAGCUCAAUUGCGAUAAACUCCUAGAACUCGACCGGAGUAUCAAUAUGACGCAAUCUCCUGUCUUGGAAAUGGAAGCUCUAACUCCUAAGCUAGAGAAUUUUAAGAAGGUGCGCUCCUCUUCUUCGAUGGAAGUUGCAGAUUUUUCACUAGGGGAAUAUGCAGAUGACGGCGAGAGCAUUAUUUCUGUAGACGAUUCAGAAGAACCUAAAGAUCAAGCUGUUUUUGAUUUAGAAUCUGAAUACGUCAGACCAGAGCUUGCGAAAAGAAAGUCAUCAUCACUAUUGAGUCUUUUCAGCGCUAACAAGUCCAAAACAUCUCUAAAAAAUAAGAAAAAUCUGACACUAAAUCUCUCAUCUACUGAUUCAAGCUCUAGUUUGUUUGCUCUACCCACGCCCGUCUCCUCAACACCGACCCCUACUUCUGCCACGUCGUCAGAUGUUCAAUAUUGUGAAUUGCCAAACAACUUGGAGCUCAGUUCUUCUACUUUGCUUCAUGAAUUCGACGUAAAAGUCUCUUAUUGGUCGAGAAAUGCUUGGCACUUACUUUCCAAAAACUGGUUACUAGCGAGCAUUUAUGAAACUAACAAAUCAAAACUAAUAUUGGCAAUUUCUGACUCAAAAGUGAGGGACAAAAUAGUCUUAUGCUCAGCUAUUUCAGCUUCGUGGAAAUUAAACAGAUCAACUGCACAAGAUAUUCAAAUACGGAUCCCAAGAGGCGAUUAUAUCUCUGCUUCGUUUUCCACGGAAGGUACAAUGAUGAGUAUAAGAUGUCCCCAAGUGGAACAACUAAUGAAUUCAUUUUACCAUUGCAUACGCCAUAGCACUUCGCCUAAUCUCAUGCAACAUUCCUAUACUCAAGGUACACUUUCUACCACAUCUAGUACCUUUAGCAUGCUGGAUCGCGAUGUGACUCGGUCCGAUACCAAUUCAACUGCCCUUUCUUCUGUUUUACAGGAAAAUAUCUCAGAAACUAAAGAAAAUUUGGUCUCUUUAUUACUCCUGUCUAAUGUGAAGGUGAGAAUGCACAGAAAAGAUCCAGAGUAUGGUUGGACGUUGUUUAAUAAGGGAAAAUUAGAUCUCUCAUCGCUGGAAAUGAAAGGGACUGUUGUGGCAGUCAAAUUUGAACUCCUACAUGACCGUAAGAAUAAAUGUGAAUAUCAGAGUAAGUUGGAGGCUAUUAGAAGAAUUGGUAGAACUGGCCUUUCUUUUGUUGAUUUCCAGGGUGAGUACCUGAUUGAAUUCAAGAACCAGGAAGUUGCUGAUAGUGUCUUCAAAUUAGUUACUUCCCUGAUCUAG